GCUUGCUGACAUAAGUAUGGAAUGGGUUUGUACAGUAAGCAAGCCGCAGCUCAAAAAAAAUCUGAACUUUUGAACAUUAUUGUGACUGUGGAAAUAAGGCACGUACCGCUUUUUGCAUGGUGGACUCAACCAUCCUCGUUUUCCCAUCGUAGGUUCUAGCAAGCGAUGGAAUCACCGCAAAUCACUUUGUCGCCUAUCGAGGAAGCACCUUCCUCUCCUCUUCUUUCAGAACCCACUAGGAAAAGGAAGAAUAAAGACCGCCCUACGCAUCGCCCUCAACUUUCUAUACCACAGCCAAUAUAUACCAGAAGAAUGACGGUGCACAUGCCGGAAACAGCGCCAGACUCAACCUACUUAUGGGGAUAUGCUCUACUGGCUGGAACAUUUACAACUUUUGUAGUUACGGUUUAUGCUACGGUGGGGACUUAUUUUGUGCCCUACACUGGAAUUUGGAUACUUGACGCCAUCAAGGACGAUGACUACUAUUGCCUUUUGAUCCCAAUUACAUCCAUAGUCAGUAUAUAUUUUAUUGUGUGGAAUUGGAUGGGGAUGAAGUUCUUCCGGCAUAACUGAACUUCAAGGCAUUGAAUUACAAACAAAUCGAUACCGCACACGACGUUUUGUCGUAAUUUUUACACCCUGUAAUUGUACUGUACAAAAUAAAUAACAAUGAAGAUAGACAAAAAGUAUAACCAACUGUUCAGAAGGAAGGCAGUCAUUUAAAUAACAGCAUGCUUUACGUCUCAGAAGAGAUUUAUCCAUUGACAUUCAUCAUUGUGUUAGCUAUACAAGUGACUCGAGUAAUGCUAUAAAUCGUUCGAGCGACUCUAGCGACUCAAAGUCACUGAGAAGGCAAUUCGCC